CUCUCUCUCUCUCUCUCUCUCUCUCUCUCUCUCUCUCUCUCUCUAUAUAUAUAUAUAUAUAUAUAGGUUUGUCCUUUCAUUCAAGAUACUAAUUUAUCAUUUUCAUUUUUGUUAUUCCUUAAGUCUGGUUACAGAUUGGGAGGAAUCUAACAGUCCCAUGUUGAAAAAUAUACAGUUUUUCAUCUGCUUGAAGCACGCCUCUAACGUCCGCUAGCUAGAUUGGAUGGAAUCAACAAUGUCCGUCUGAAGCAUGCGUCCAAUGCCCGCAUGAUGCAUGCUUCCAAGUCGCAAUACUCAGUUGAAAAGCUCACAUGAAAUUUCAACUUCAACGGAAUGCUACUGCUGGCCGGGGGGAAAAAUAAAACCAUCUUUUUCCAUAGUUCAACUUCAUUGAUGGCUGCUUCUUUUCCAUCAGACCCUCGUCACCCGUGUUGGAAUUAUGACUUAUUCUUGAGUUUCAAAGGUGAAGGUGUCCGCAAUAAUUUUCUGGGUCAUCUUUAUUCUACUUUAAACCAGGUGGGAUUCAGGACUUAUAAAGAUGACAAUGAGCUCACAAGAGGAAGUGGCAUUGGCCCCAGCCUGCUAGAAGCCAUCGAGCAUUCUAGGAUUGCGAUUGUCGUGUUCUCCGAAAACUAUAUUGAUUCUGCAUGGUGCCUGGACGAGCUCAUGAAGAUCCUCAAUUGCAGGGACGUGUUGGGGCAGAUUCUUCUACCCUUUUUCUUCCAUGUGGAUCCCUCAGAUGUUCGCAAACAAAGGGGGAGCUUUAGCAAGGCAUUUGCUCGUGCUCAUCACCAAAAGGUUACCAUGGACAAAGUAGAAAGGUGGAAGACUGCUGUUACCAAUGCUGCCAAUCUCUCUGGAUUUGAUCUACAGAGUGUUGAUGGGGAUGAGUCUGAGUUGAUCGAGAAAAUUGUUGCAGAUGGUUGGGAAAAAUUGCAUCCCACUUACCUUGGUGAUGUGAACCAUCUCUUUAGAAUUGUGUCUCCAGUAAAGAAUAUAAUGUUACUCUUUAGGCUUGGCUGCAAAGAUGUUCGUUUCAUAGGAAUCUGUGGAAUGCCUGGAAUAGGAAAGACAAUAGUUGCCAAGGUAAUUAGGAAUAGAAUCUUUUCAGAAUUUGAUGCUAAUAGCUUGCUAAUGCUUGAAGACAUCCAGUUAGGAUCAAGACGCAGUAAACUGGUUGAGUCGCAAAAGAGACUUCUAUAUGAUAUCUUAGGGAUAAUGUCAACCAUUUGGACCAACUUGCGGCUCUUGCUAAAGAGGGAAGUUGGUUUGGUAUUGGCAGUAGAAUCAUGAUUGAGAUGGAUAUGGACCCAAGAGCGGCGCGCCCGACGGCGUUGCCUCAGAAUUCCGGGCAGAUGUUUCGCUGACCUUCCUGCCCAAUACGCCAUGCUCGGUCUCACUCCGCUUGCUUCCAAAUGUGAUGUUGUCUCGCAUUGAAGUAUCAUCCAGAUGUGUUCAAAGGGGACGAUUUUCCUGAAAAGGAUAAAGCAUUUAGGGAGAUUGAAUCUGCAUAUGAGGUAAAUUUCAAUGAAUUUUGGGGAUGAGUGUGGAUAUGCUAAUAAACAUGGUCACAUUGAGAACCUUAAAAUCCCCAAAGAUGAUUAUAGUUUUUCUUUGAGUUUGGUUAGUAACUUCUUGAUUUCUUUGGGUUUCCUCAGAGACAAUGAUGUAUUGGGUGUCGGUUGAUGUAAAAUUGAUUAGGUGUCCUGAAACACUGCUUGAGUUGUGUGGGGGGAUUUGUUCAAGUAUGUGAAUGGAGAAAGAGGACAAAUUUUGAUGAAUUUCAAGAAAAGAGACAUAUUUGGAACCAUUAAUAGAAUAGGAUUGCGUUU